UCAGUUGAUUUGCACGUUGUCCGCACGGACAGAAUGGCUUUCCUAGCGCUCCUGUUGCUGCUCUCGCUGUCCUCUUCGGCCGCCCACGGCUAUGGCCCCGGCCGCUGGAUCAACGCCCACGCCACCUUCUACGGCGGCGGCGACGCCUCCGGCACCAUGGGCGGUGCGUGCGGGUACGGUAACCUGUACAGCCAGGGGUACGGCACCGACACGACGGCGCUGAGCACGGCGUUGUUCGGCAGCGGGCUGAGCUGCGGCGCGUGUUUCCAGCUGCGGUGCGCGGGGACGUCGUCGUGCCUGCCGGGAUCCAUCCUGGUGACGGCCACCAACCUCUGCCCGCCCAACUACGCGCUCCCCAACGACAACGGCGGCUGGUGCAACCCGCCGCUCCAACACUUCGACCUCUCGCAGCCGGCGUUCCUCCGCAUCGCCAGGUACCAAGCCGGCAUCGUCCCCGUCGCCUACCGCCGGGUGUCGUGCAGGCGGAGAGGCGGCAUCCGGUUCACCAUCAACGGCCACUCCUACUUCAACCUCGUGCUGGUGAGCAACGUGGGCGGCGCCGGCGACGUGCACGCGGUGGCCGUGAAAGGCGCCCGGACGCGGUGGCAGCCCAUGUCCCGGAACUGGGGCCAGAACUGGCAGAGCGCCGCGCUCCUCGACGGCCAGGCGCUGUCCUUUACGGUCACGGCCAGCGACCGCCGCUCUGUCGUGUCGCGCAACGUCGCGCCGGCCGGCUGGGGCUUCGGACAGACCUUCACCGGCGGCCAGUUCCGUUGAGAUCGUUCGAGUAAGAAUCAAGACCAGAUCGCACCAGAUACUGGUGUAUCGAGUGUAAUAAUGCCGAGUUUGCUAGUAUAUAGUAUCCGUGUGUUGAUGAUGAACGGCGCAUAUUCUACAUGUAUAAUCGCGUCAGUACAACGUGUUUGGAAUGCUGUAUCAUAGGAAGCACUACAAAUUGCACAAUAACACUGCAAAUUUCUCUUAUUUUUCCCGUUC